AUGCUUCCGCCUGUUGAUCCGGCGGUGCUGCAGCGGAAUCCUAACUUUGAGGUUCUGUAUCAGGAUCUUACUGCACGGAAAUUAAAUGGCGAUGGGUCGACGAGGGAUACGAAGAAGCAGCGGAUGCAUGAUGAGAUUGGAAAGAGUUUUACAACCGCCCGAAGAGAUCUACUCUCAUCUCAAAUCCUCAUCAAAGCCCUCUCAGACCUCCCCGCAAAAACAUCAACCCUCCCUCCCGAGCUACACACCUGCAUCGAAAUAGUCACAGCCCAACUAAGCGGCCACAUCCCCCCCAGCGACCGAGAAAUCCUCUCCAGCGAGAUAACUUUCUUCCUCGACAACAUCUCCAUGAUCGCCGACAUCAUCUCGCACAACCUCACCCGCGUCGCCGACGUCCUAUGCACCAUCACAGACCCCACAAACCCACCCCCCAUCCCCGACCUAACAACACGAGCCACCACCCUCCACAAAACAGCAACAAACUCCCACCCCCACGCCCUCCACACAUCCCGCAUCACCCUCAUCAACACAGCCUCCUCCCUCCUCGCAACCCACCGCUCCCUCCUCGAAUCCAGCAUCCGCAUCCUCGAGCAAACCCAGCACGGCGCGCUAGCCCGCCACACCAAGUCGCGCGCCGAGCUGCUGCACUCGCGCGCCACGCUGCUCGGCCUGCAGGCUAAGAUCCACGCGUGCAGUCACCCGCCGCCCGCGGAGUUUGUCGCCGCGCUGAAGGAGUUCCGCCGCCUGCAGGGCGUGGGCGAGAAGGCGUUGAGGAACCGGGAGGCGCUGGCGAGGAGCGAGUUGGCGCUUUAUGAGAGGGCGGGGGAGAAGGGGAUGAGGGAUUUGGCGCGGAGGAAGGGCGAGCUUGAGCGCGAGAUUGGGCGCGUGGAGGGGGAGGUG